AUGGCGACUCCCAGGCCGGCAAACUCAACAGUCUCCGUGUCCACAUUAGAUCCGGAUCACUAUGCCAUAUUUACACGGGCUCUUUCAAAUGUUCUCUCUACGCAACUGGCAGAGUUCACGAUGGCCCAGCUUGUCGAUGGACUCCCGACAAUAAACGUCUACCGCGAAGGGUACUCGAGGAGGAACCUGGGUGGCAAUCCUCUACUCCCCCAUGAGUCCCUCUGCAAGGGAGCCAUGGAAAGGACGAGGGCUUUUCGUGCCGAGUUUGACCCUUCUGUUCUACAAUUUAAAACUUCAUUGGUGCAAGCAUUCCAAAACGCUGAUCUGGGAAGCCGACAAUUUGACUUGCGACUCAUCGAAAUGGUGGCAACUGCAGUCCAUGCCAUAGCUGUAUACCUGUUCAAUCUUGAAGAAAAGUCACACAAAGGUGAUAUUCAGGGCGUCGUCACAUACGUGGAGCCUGACAAGACAUAUGAAUGGAGGCCAGGAAAAUGGACCACGCGCGAGGCUCUACCAGCCUUUGCUUCAAUAUUCUCACAUGCGUGUUAUACAUUCCAUGAGAAAUAUCCAAACGGCGCGGCGGACAUGGCAGGCUAUUGGGCAGAGGACAGAAUCUUUGGCGGCGUCAUACUCUUCGACAGGGGCAAGUCAGGGACAGAAUGCAAAGAUGUAUAUAUACACUCUGGAAGAGUCCGGUGGACUGUUCGCAUCUGGAGACCGCUCGAGACCCAGUUCAAACAAAUGAUACAUUUUCUCAAAGUCGGUCCUCCAGCCUCCCAAUGCCCGUUUCCUCUGUACGCAGAUAAGAAAGUUCGACAUCGAUAUGAUGAUUAUGACGCCAUGGCAUGGCAUAAUAUCUAUCGCGAUCCAUGGGAGAGGGUACUUCCCCCGCAGAAGAACUGGGAUGCUAUCAGGAGGAACACCUUUGACUACCCAGAACUUCAAGAGCAAAUAUUCGAUAAAAUUUCACAUGGGCCUUUUUAUACCAUUACACGAAAUGGAAACACCUUUUUGGACGUAAGGAAUCUAGAUGAGCGGAAUAAGCAAGACAACGCAGAAGCGGCUAGCAAUCCACGGAAACAAGGCGAAGAACAACCUUGUGAAACUAUAUCCAAAGCAGGCAGAGAGGUCGAUGAGCCCCAGGGUAAAGAGCCCGAGGCUGCAGAAGUCCAAGUCACGGAGCCGGAGGCCGCAAAAAUCGUUGAUGAAUCAAUCGAAGCAGAUGGCUCCCGGACCAAGGAGUACAAAUCAACAAUCUCUGGGGCUGAAAAUCCUCAACUUAUCGAUCCAUCUGCCCAUGAAAUCCUCACAAACAAGUCCGAAAUUGCAGCGUUGGAAAUUGCCCUACCACAGCUGAAGGACGACCCGGUAUCAACACCCGCGGUGAAUGACUCUGGGACUAAGGGGAAGGAAGUCGGCACUGUUGAAACGGACAUGGUUGAACCGACAAAGCCCACCUUGACUAAAUCAGGGAUCAAGGAGAAUAUCGCUGUUAAUGAACCUCGAGAUAACGGACAAGUGAAGGGAGAAGUCAAGAGACGACAUUUCAUCAAAGAUCAAGACACAAGUCAGUAA